GACGACAGAAGCCGGGGGCGGAGACUUAAGAUGGCGGCUAUGGCGCUGGCGGCGGCGCGGCUGCUGCUGGUGCGCGGCUCGGGCUCGUGGCGCCGCUCGCGGCUGAGGUCCGGAGCUCCCGCACACAGAUGCUUCAGUAGUGGCGGGGCCUACCCCGGCACCCCGCUCUCCUCCCCCUUCCCUGGCGUGCCGCAGCCUGUUUUCGCUACGGCCGGUGGACAGGAAAAGUUUGAAACCAAAGUGACCACGCUGGAUAACGGGCUUCGCGUGGCGUCCCAGAACAAGUUCGGACAGUUUUGUACGGUGGGAAUUCUUAUUAAUUCAGGAUCAAGAUACGAAGCCAAAUAUCUUAGUGGAAUUGCUCACUUUUUGGAAAAAUUGGCAUUUUCGUCGACAGAUCGAUUUGACAGCAAAGAUGAAAUUCUGCUCACCUUGGAAAAGCACGGGGGUAUCUGUGACUGCCAGACGUCAAGGGACACUACCAUGUACGCCGUGUCUGCGGAUUCCAAGGGCCUGGACACGGUGGUUGGUUUGCUGGCUGACGUGGUCCUGCACCCCAGGCUCACAGAUGAGGAAAUCGAGAUGGCACGGAUGGCUGUCCAGUUUGAGCUGGAGGACCUCAAUAUGCGGCCUGACCCAGAACCGCUCCUCACAGAGAUGAUUCACGAGGCUGCUUACCGGGAAAACACAGUUGGCCUCCACCGUUUCUGCCCCACAGAAAACAUAGCAAAGAUGGACCGAGAAGUGCUUCACUCCUACCUGAGAAACUAUUACACCCCUGACCGCAUGGUGCUGGCUGGGGUUGGGGUGGAGCACGAGCACCUGGUGGAAUGUGCCAGAAAGUACCUGCUGGGAACCCAGCCGGCCUGGGGAUGUGAGAAGGCUGUGGACGUCGACAGAUCGGUGGCACAGUACACGGGGGGGGUUGUCAAGCUGGAGAGAGAUAUGUCCAACGUCAGUCUGGGCCCUGCCCCGUUCCCCGAGCUCACGCACAUCAUGAUAGGACUGGAGAGCUGUUCCUUCUUGGAGGACGAUUUCAUCCCCUUCGCCGUGCUGAACAUGAUGAUGGGGGGCGGCGGCUCCUUUUCGGCUGGCGGGCCCGGCAAGGGUAUGUUUACCAGGCUCUACCUCCACGUGCUCAACAGGCACCACUGGAUGUACAACGCAACCUCGUACCACCACAGCUACGAGGACACGGGCCUCCUGUGCGUCCACGCCAGCGCCGACCCCAGACAGGUUCGAGAAAUGGUGGAGAUCAUCACGAAGGAGUUCAUUUUAAUGGCUGGAACCGUGGAUGUGGUGGAGCUGGAGCGGGCCAAGACCCAGCUGAUGUCCAUGCUCAUGAUGAACCUGGAGUCCAGGCCUGUGAUCUUCGAGGACGUGGGGAGGCAGGUGCUGGCGACCCGUUCCAGAAAGCUGCCCCAUGAGCUGUGUGCGCUCAUCCGUGAGUACCGUGCCGGCGGGCGGGCCCAGACCCGGCUCCCUCCCUUCCCUCCCAGAGGCCGGCCAGCCGGAGGAGGUGUGAUGCCUGCGGGCUUUCGUCUGUGCCAGCCCUACUUCGUGUCCCUGAGCACUGACCCCUGUGCCCCCAAGUUUUCACCCUUUUCCCUACCGCUCUGGGUUUUUAAGCGGAUUCGCCGAGAUGAUGGACGGAAAUGCUCCGCUCGGGGCUCGAACGGUGCUGCCCUUUGUGGUGUUGUGGCAGGUGUCUUGGCCGCAGGUGCCCAUGGCCUCCCGUGAGUGACCUGCAGGAAGUCCGGGAAUUUCCUCUAAGUGUCAGAGUGUUACUUGUUUGUGGCCCUUUGGGGGACAAGCUUAUUUUCUCUGCAGCAGGUCCUCAGAGUAUCUGUGACCCCCCCCCCCCCCCCCCCCCCCCGUGCUGUCCUGUGGUGACGUUUGUUACCUCGCUGCUCUGGCACUCGCACCCUCCCUGGGGGCCCCCUCAGACCCUGGGGCGCGCAGUACCCAGUCUCCCCUAGGCCUCAUCCUCUGGAGCAAAGUCCAGCUGCCCUUGCCUGGUGUUCCCAGGCAGGCUGAGCUUCCGGGCCCUCCGAAGGCGGGCCCCUGUGUGUGGCCGCUCCCCUCCCCCCACCCAAGCCCUAGGGGUUCUUUGUUUUUUCCUU